AUGCAUUUCGCCUUUCCUCCGCGCAAGACCUCGCGCCCGCCGCCCUACGUCGCCGCCGCCAAUGCCCGCUCCCAGACUUCCUUUCUCACCCGUCGCAUGGCUCGACAACUUGCCAUCUACGCCUUGAUCGCCCUGGGCUUUCUCUACUUGGUCAAGAAUUGCUUCUCCACCGCGCCAGCUGCGGACUUCAUUCCUGCCGGCACUCCGCCCGUCGUGGUGGUGACUACCUUCGAUGCGAACCUGCCCGAAUCGUUCAAGGAAAGGCUCAGAGCUAACCGGGAGACAUACGCCGCCAGGCAUGGUUACGCCACCUUCUUCGCCAACGCGUCCGACUACAACAUUGGCACUAACCCGCCUAGCUGGGCCAAGGUUCCCUCGAUGCGCCACGCCAUGACCGCUUUUCCUCACAGCACAUACUUCUUCUACCUCGAUAUCAACAGUCUCGUUGUGAACCAAGACCUCUCCAUUGAGGAUCACAUCAUGCAAAAGACCCGCCUCGAGAGCCUCAUGAUUGUCGGCCUCCCGGUCGUUCCUCCGGACAGCGUCAUCAAGACGUUCGCGCACAUUUCUGGGGAUAACAUUGAUCUGGUCUUGACCCAAGAUACCGACAACCUAUGCCAGAAUAGCUUCAUUCUCCGGCGAGGGGACUGGGCUAAGUUUUUCCUGGAUUCGUGGUUUGAUCCGCUGUACCGAUCAUACAAUUUCCAGCGGGCCGAGGGCCACGCGUUGGAGCACAUCGUCCAGUGGCACGGCACCAUCCUUGCCAAGCUUGCUCUUGUUCCCCAACGCAUCAUGAAUGCCUACACCCGAGCCGAGGAGGGCACCAAGGAAGGGAUGUACCAGGAAGGCGAUUUCAUUGUUGCCUUCCCCGAUUGUAUUGACGAUAAGAAGAACACAUGUGAGGACGAUAUGGCGGCCUGGUGGAACAAGUCACAGGAGAGUUCGGACUCGUCUUGA